AGCUUUUCGAGUUGCGUGUGCUUCUUUUGUAUCUUAAUAUAUUCGUGUAUCUCCCCUCAUCACUCUCCUAAAACACAUCAGCAGUCAGAAGAAAAGCGGACGAGAGAAACAACUCUCCAGCCAUGCUGGCGGACGAGUCGAAUGCAACGCCGGCCGCAACAGGGCAGCCAGCGGACUCAUCCCACGCGAGUCUGACCCCUCACCCGCCUCGCUCCCUUCUGACCCGCGGCGGCGGCAACACAGUCAACGUCAGCUUCGGCAACAAAAACAGCAAUAGCAACAGCGACAGCAACACGAAGACGUUAAAACGCCUCCCCGCCGCUACACUCCCCGACACCACGGCUGUCGCCGCGCCGAUGCGGGACACGCCGUCCCCCACCAGCGAACUCGGCCCGGCGGCGACGGCGCCGAUCGACGGCGUGCUGCAAACCGGGAAGCCCAACUUCUCCACGCAGCUGGACUUCCUCACGACGAAUCGCACGGUGGCUGCGCUGGAGCGGGCGGUGGAGCGGCUGGAGCUGCUGAGUCUUUUAGACGCCACCGGCCCAGUCGACGACGCAGCGGCCGCGGAGAGCAACAGCAACGGCAACAGCAAAAAGACAGCCACCGCCUCGGUCGGCGCAGCAAAGACGGGGCUGAUGGGCAUCGGCGGCGCCGGUCUCUCUGCCACGCGCGGCGCCGCAAUUUUGGAGGGCGACAACCACGACGCCUCCCUGGCCACCGCGCAGAAGGUAGGGGAGGCGCUCGCGGUGAGUCAGCAGCAGGGCAACCGCGGCCGUCCCACCGUAUUGGAGUUGCUGGCGGAGCAGCGACUGCUCGAGCGCCGCUACGGUGAACUCUUGGUGCAAACGCAGCCGGUGGUGUCGCUGCGACCGGGCGAACCACAGAUGCGCAAGCAGUGCUUCGGCAACGUGCAGGACGCCCAUCAGGUGGCGCUGCAGCAGGAGCUGGCGCACGUCUCGAGCCGGCUGCGCGACACAAACCGUCUGCUGUGCACGCAGCUCGAGGACAACCCGCAGGACGCGGACAACUGGGCUAAAAUAUCUAACGAGCGUCGCGAGCUGACGGCGCUGCUGAAGGAGGUCAUUGCGGAGCUCACCACCGGCUACAGGGAUGUUUUCCAGUAUCAUCAGCAGCGGGGGCGCAAGAGCGAUAUGGGCAGCACCAACAGCAACACCACGAACCGUGCCGGCAGCAUCGUCAUGCAGCGCACACACACCGCCAGCGGCGAAAGCGGUGACCCCGGCGCGCGUCUCGGUGGCACCGCCGACUCUCCCCCCUCGCACAGCGCCGGGGCAAACGCGUCCCCCUUCACCCGCACGAACAGCGAGUUGGGGUCGCAGCAGACGACGCUGAAGCGCUUCGGCAGCACGGUGCAGCGUCGCAGCGUGUCCCGCAGCGCGUAUCAGGCCCCCCGCAUCCCCCUCGCCUCUUCCUACCACCAGUUUGCGGUGAAGGUGCUACAGGAGAAGGCGGCGCAGCAGUGGGCGGACGACGUGCUCGCGAAGGAGCGCGCGCUGAACCAGAACGUGAAGCAGCUGCAGGCCGACCUCGUGCGGGAGCGGGAGCUGAAGGAGAGGGAGGUCGCAGAGCGGAAGGCGCGGGUGGCGGAGCUGCAGCUGGAGUUGCGUCGGCUGAAGGGCGCGAUGCAGCAGCGCACGGAGGCGGCGAAGGCACGCGGGGAGGCCGCGACGGAAGGUCUGCAGCGCGACGGGGCGGCCGAGAUCAGCGAGGUGCGGCAGGCGGCCCAACGCAACGAGCGGCUGCUCACCGUAGAGGCGGACACGCACAGUGCCUUCGCGGAGUUCCUGCAGCAGCGCACCGCCGCGACAGACGCACUGGCGAGCGAAUGGGAGGCGAAGACGCAGCGAGAGCUGAAGAAGAAGGAGACGGCCAAAAUCGAUGUGGAGAACAGUCGUCAGGGCUGUGCGCAGCGACUUUCUGAUCUAGAUCAGGAGCAGUCGGUACAGAUGGAGCUAAAGAAGCAGCGCGAGGCGAAGACGAAGGCGGAGGAGGACGAGCGGCAGCGAGCCGAGGAUCAGCGCGCGGCCGAGUACACCGCCGCCUCUGUGUUGGAGGCGGCCAUCAAGGCGAUGAUGACGCGGCAAACGCUGGCGAAACUGAAGAAGGGAUCAAAGAAAAAGAAGAAGAAGAGUUGA